AUGAUUGAAUCUCUGUCCAGUUGGUUCACUCCCACUGUUCUUUUCUGCGUUCUAAACCUCAUGAUUGGUAUUAUUCUCAUUUCUUCUAGCAUCAAGAAUGACAAAAAACAACAAUACACUGAAGAUAAUAACUUACCUCAACUCCCCCGAACUCCAUCUUUAUUACAGCGUGUUAGGUCUGUAAAUUACUUCUCUUUCGUCCCUGAGCCAUUUAAUUCCCCUUUAACUACUCCUCAUUUCGCCGACAACUCUUCACCUCGACUCGACUACAGUCCCUCUUUGCUUCAGCGAAUCCGGUCCAUCAACUUCUCUUUCUCCCGGUCCGAAAAACUCAGCCCGUUUCCGUCUCUGGACCAAUACGCCGGCCCAGCUGAUGAAAACGCACCUCAGACGGUUGAAGCUGUAACUGAAGAAGAAGAGGGUUUGGAAUGUCACGUGAUGAGAAGUAAAUCUACCACGUGCGCGGAAACUACGUUAAUGAAGAAGUUGGCUAGUGAGGAAAUUCUGGCAGCGGUGCAGAAGGAGGAGGAAGAGGUGGUGGUGGUUCGGCAGCGGCCGGCGACGGUGAGGGAGAGAAAGCAGGGGAAUCGUAAGACGAAGAAGUCGUUGGGCCGGGAUGAUGAAGCUGUAGAUAGGAAAGCUGAUGAUUUUAUUAGCAAGUUUAGGGAGCAGUUGAAGAUGCAGAGAAUUGAUUCUAUUCAAAGGUAUAAGGAAAUGUUAAACAGAGGUGUGUCCAUUUAG